GCCAGAUAUUGCUACAAAUUAAAGUUUCCGCACCAAAGGUACAAUUUGGAGGGGGCAGUUUCAAACGUUCACAUAGGUGAGGGGGUCUCCAUAUAUUUUUGCCAACUUUAAAAAAGGCGGUUGAAUCCCGCGCUCUCCCCUCACUCCUCCAAUGCGACGUUGAGAGAGUCUAAGUAUUUUUUUUUUUCCCCAUCUCCCCACCACGCCCAUGGUGGAGGCUCCCUCUCCCUCUCCCUCUCCUCUCUCAUGGGCGCCCCUUAUCCGCGCCUCGGCUUCGCGAGGCCUCUUCCUCCACGCCCUCUCCCUCUUCGCCCGCAUGCGCGCCGUUUCCGGGGCCUCCGCCGCGCGCGCCGCGCUCCCUUCGGUCCUCAAAUCCUGCGCCGCCCUCAGACUCGCCAAGCUCGGCGAGUCCCUCCACGGCUUCGUCCUCCGCUCCGGCUGGGCCUCCGAUCUCUACACCGCCAACGCCCUCAUGAACAUGUACGCCAAAGUCCAAAUUUCCAAUGUUUACGGCGAGAAAUCGAUUGCCCAGAUGCCGAAAAGCAGUUUUUUUUAUCUUGGUACCAGAAAGUUGGGACUUUGCGAGAGCCCAUUUGAAUCGAGUUGUGAAUUGAGCGGCGAUAGUUCGAUCUCAACAAGUUUACGGAGUGUGAGAAAGGUGUUCGAUGAAAUGCCCGAACGAGAUGUUGUGUCGUGGAACACUUUGAUCGCGGGGUGCGCGGAGAACGGGAUGUACGGGGAAGCUCUAGACAUGAUGAGGGAUAUGGGUGAAAUCGGUUUGAAGCCCGACUCGUUCACUUUGUCGAGCGUUCUUCCUAUCUUUGCGGAGUUUGUGGAUGUCUCGAAGGGGGCGGAGAUUCACGGAUUCGCCGUGCGACAAGCAUUUGAUUCCGAUGUGUUCGUCGGGAGCAGCUUGAUCGAUAUGUACGCAAAGUGCACUCGGAUCGAAUACUCGAGGCGGGUGUUCGAUCUUCUGCCCGACCCUGAUCCCAUCUCGUGGAAUUCUAUAAUCGCAGGCUCCGUGCAAAAUGGCAUGGUGGACGAGGGGCUUAGAUUGUUUCGUCGAAUGCUGACGCUUGAUAUAAAACCCAUGCCCGUAACGUUCUCUAGUGUCACGCCCGCUUGCGCUUAUCUGACGACUUUGCAUCUCGGCAAGCAACUGCACGGGUUCAUAAUCAGAGGGGAUUUUGAUUCCAACGUGUUUGUCGCUAGCUCACUUGUCGACAUGUACGCCAAAUGUGGGAGUAUUAGCAUUGCACGUUGCAUAUUCGAUCGAAUGCAUUCGCCAGAUAUGGUAUCGUGGACGGCCAUGAUCAUGGGGUAUGCACUGCAUGGACCAGCAGAAGAAGCUCUCGCCUUAUUUCAGAUGAUGGAGACGGAGAAUGAGAGGCCGAAUUGUGUUGCCUUUGUCGCAGUUUUAACUGCUUGUAGCCAUGCUGGGUUGGUCGACGAAGCACGCAAGUACUUUAACAGCAUGUGUAACGAUUAUGGGAUCGCUCCUCGUUUAGAGCAUUAUGCGGCCGUUGCCGAUGUCCUGGGCCGUGCAGGGAAGUUAGAUGAAGCCUAUGAGUUCAUCUCCGACAUACACGUAUCGCCAACUGCGAGCGUCUGGUCCACUCUAUUAAGAGCUUGUCGCGUCCACAAGAACAUUGCUUUAGCUGAGAAAGUAGCCAAGCAAAUCUUCGAGAUCGAACCCAAAGACAUGGGAUCUCACGUUUUAAUGUCAAACAUUUACUCCGCUGCUGGGAGAUGGAAUGAAGCCGCCAAUUUACGAACGGCGAUGAAGAGUAAAGGCAUGAAGAAGCAACCGGCUUGUAGUUGGAUUGAAGUGAAGAACAAAGUACACGCAUUCGUGGCGCACGAUAAGUCCCAUCCAUGGUAUAAUAAGAUAAUCGAGGCUUUGGGUGUUCUUUUAGAGCAGAUGGAGCGCGAAGGAUACGUGCCUGAUACAGGGGAUGUGCUUCAAGAUAUAGAAGAAGAGCAGAAGCGGUACGUAUUAUGCGGUCACAGCGAGAGGCUUGCAAUAGCUUUUGGGAUUAUAAGCACUCCUCCAGGAACAGCCAUUCGUGUAACAAAGAACCUUCGAGUGUGCGUCGAUUGCCAUACGGUGACGAAGUUCAUUUCAAAGAUUGUGGCGAGGGAGAUUGUCGUGAGGGAUGUAAGUAGAUUCCACCAUUUUAAGGAUGGGAUUUGUUCGUGCGGGGAUUAUUGGUGAAAAUCGAAGGAAGGGGAUGGUUGGUUUUGUGUGUCAAGUCGAAUCUAAUACUCUCCAAUGUUGGAUUGUCGAUGCAAAUCACAAUUCCAAAAGCUUUAGCUGUUAAAAGGGGAACAAUCAAUUCACUUGAAGCAUACGGACAUAGCGCUCACGGAUUUCGAUUGUUAUUUGGCUCAUCUUGGCCUCCGCCACAUAGGCAGAAUGCUGGCCUGUGCGACACUACUUCAAUUGGCCGAUUUAGUUGGAUGUGAUGAAACUUCGAGAGUUUGAGCUGUUUCAAAUCCUUGGAGCAUAUGUUUGGAGAAGAAGAACAGGGAAAGACGCGAUCGUCGCUUAUAGUUUGUGUUCCAACACCGCUCUCAAGGUCGAAUUCAGCUGCAGAUCUAUGAUGGAGCUCCGAUGUAAUAUAAUGUGGGUGUGAUAACCAGAAAUAUACUGCGCAACGCAAACACAUCAAUUGUGAGGUUCUAAGAAGCUGUCAUAAAAUGCAGCAAAGGUGAUCAUUCUUUCUCAACAAUUUCGAAACUGAUGAGAAUUGUUAUGUUUGAUA